AUGGAAGACGACGGGCGUUACAGAGACGGCCGCUCAGACUUUGUCCGCGGCGCCAAGGACAUCGCCAAAGUGGCCAAGAAACAGGUCGGCAAGAAGAUGGGGCGCGGCGCGGACAAAGUGGCCGACGAGUACACCAAGCGCUCCUAUAAACGCUUUGAGGAGGAAGACGAUGACGACGACUACGGCGGCAUGCCGGCAAGCAACGACGACGGAUACCAUCGCAAUGACAGCCGGGCCAAUGACGAUGAAGGUCACAGCGACUCCACUGAAGGUCACGACGAGGACGAUGAGAUCUACGAAGGGGAGUACCAGGGCAUCCCCAGAGCCGAGUCGGGGAAGGCGGGCGGCGUGGACGGCGUGGAGGCCGCCCAGGCGCAGUUCAGGGAUCUGUCGGCCUACGAGGCGGAGAGGAGGAAGGACCAGGAGGAGCUGGCCGAGCAGUACGAGACCAUCCUGCAGGAGUGCGGCCAUGGGAAGUUCCAGUGGACGCUUUACUUCGCACUGGGCCUGGCGCUGAUGGCGGACGGCGUGGAGAUCUUCGUGGUCGGCUUCGUGCUGCCCAGCGCAGAGAAGGACAUGUGUCUGUCUGAGCCCAACAAGGGCAUGCUGGGUCUGAUCGUGUACCUGGGGAUGAUGGUCGGGGCCUUUGUGUGGGGGGGCCUGGCUGAUCGGAUAGGCCGGCGGCAGACGCUGCUCAUCUCCCUCUCCAUCAACAGCGUGUUUGCCUUCUUCUCGUCCUUCAUGCAGGGCUACGUCUCCUUCCUCUUCUGCCGCCUGGCCUCCGGUGUGGGUAUUGGCGGCUCCAUCCCCAUCGUGUUUUCCUAUUACUCCGAGUUCCUGGCCCAGGAGAAGCGAGGAGAGCAUCUGAGCUGGCUCUGCAUGUUCUGGAUGAUCGGGGGGAUCUACGCCUCCGCCAUGGCCUGGGCCAUUAUCCCACACUACGGCUGGAGUUUCCAGAUGGGCUCGGCCUACCAGUUCCACAGCUGGCGAGUCUUUGUGUUGGUGUGUGCCUUCCCCGCCGUGGCUGCUAUCUCCGCCCUCACCAUCAUGCCCGAGAGCCCCCGCUUCUUCCUGGAGAAUGGGAAACACGACGAGGCGUGGAUGAUUCUGAAGCAGGUCCAUGACACCAACAUGAAGGCCAAGGGAUACCCAGAGAGGGUCUUCUCAGUGACCACCAUCAAAACGGUGAAGCAGAUGGAUGACCUGGUAACCCUGGGAGACGGUGCCGCCUGGCAUCAGAAAUGGAGGAUUAAGCUCACCUCACUUUUCCAUCAGGUGUGGUCUAAUUUCCUGACAGUUUUCUCCCCCGAGUACCGCCGCACCACCUACAUGAUGAUGGCCGUGUGGUUCUCUAUGUCCUUCAGCUACUACGGGCUGACUGUGUGGUUCCCCGACAUGAUCAAGUACCUCCAGAAGCAGGAUUAUGCCUCACGCACUAAGUUUUUUGCCAAGGAGAAAAUAGAACAUGUCACCUUUAACUUCACCCUGGAAAACCAGGUCCACCGCCAAGGAGAGUACUUCAACGACAAGUUUAUGAACCUGAAAAUGAGAUCCAUGGUGUUUGAAGACUCGCUGUUUGAGGAGUGUUACUUUGAGGACAUCACCUCCAGCAACACCUUCUUCAAGAACUGCACCUUCAUCGCCACCCUCUUCUACAACACAGAUCUCUUCAAAUAUAGGUUGGUCAACAGCAAGCUCAUCAACAGCACUUUCCUGCACAACAAAGAGGGCUGCCUGCUCAGUGACGUGAGCGACGAGAACAAUGCCUACAUGGUCUACUUCGUCAGUUUCCUGGGCACCUUGGCUGUGUUGCCAGGCAACAUCGUCUCCGCGCUGCUCAUGGACAAGAUCGGACGGCUGAGGAUGCUAGCGGGCUCCAGUGUGAUCUCUUGCAUCAGCUGUUUCUUCCUGUCCUUUGGCAACAGCGAAUCAGCCAUGAUUGCUCUGCUCUGCUUGUUCGGAGGAAUCAGCAUCGCUUCCUGGAACGCGCUGGAUGUGCUGACUGUCGAACUCUACCCCUCUGACAAGAGAUGUACAGCGUUUGGCUUCCUCAACGCCCUCUGUAAAUUAGCGGCUAUUUUAGGGAUAAGCAUCUUUACUUCAUUCGUUGGUAUCACCAAGGCAGUGCCCAUCAUCUUUGCCUCGGGGGCGCUGGCGGCGGGAAGUUUUCUGGCCCUCAAACUACCGGAGACGCGGGGUCAGGUGCUGCAAUAGUAUGGCGCUUCAACUUUCCCAGGGGAGGGCAGAUGAGUUUUCACAACACUGUGAAUGAACAGCUCAAGAGCCCUCUAAAUCCUCCUCUCUAACCCCUCCCUCCAAAUGAUAGAGUCAAGUUUGUACACAUAACACAAUGCAAAAGAGCGAUGCAGAUCUGCUGUAAAUAUUUAGGACUUGGUAUUAUUUGAUAGUGAAGAUGUGACAAAUCAUUAGAUUGGUCCAAUAAAUGUUGAGACAACAUUGCUCAUAAUUGGUGCCAAGGCAAAAGUCAUAUUAACUUGUUCAGUGAGAGCAUGACAUUUAUUUUCCCUGGAUUAUUAUAUUUUAUUUAGAUAUACCCACCCCCCAAAUACAAGUACAGUACUCACACCUGGGGUUGGAGGUCAGGGGAUGGGGGUUCUUGAUAAUGAGCCAUGCAAAUAGACUGACCACUAGCCAUUGUUACAGAGUUCUCUGUAGUCACCUCCAUUCAACUCACCUGUCAAGUCUUGAGUACUUUGCCAUUGUUGGACAUCAAAAAUGCCUUGAUUUAAAGCAUUUUUUUACUUUGCGGGUUAAAACCAGGACACAGCUCUUGGCUUGCUCUAAAAACAAAAACCUGUCCUCAUUUUUUAUCUCUAGAGGUUUUUUGUGUUGGUGUAUGGACUUACUGCCAUUUUAUAGAUUAUAGAACAUUCCAGGUUUGUUUUUGUUGUCAGAAUGUGACAAAUCAAGCCCCUUAUUUCCCUUUAAGACAUUGUUUCUUAUCACCUUCAAACAACCAUGAGAUAAAUUAAAUCAGUUCAUGGAUAUGUUUUCCAUACCAGGUUAAAAUGGUGUGCUGUCAUGAUUUCAUCACAUAUGACGCUGUUUGUCAAAGUGUACAUUUAAAGCACAACCAUUUGCCAGUGUGAAAGUCCAUAACAUUUUCUUGACUUGAUGAAAAUGUUCAGAAUCUCACAUUCAAUCACCACUUUUCAAUCACACUGUAUAUCCCUUUGUAAGAAAUGCCUUUUGAGUACCUCUCCUCCCAGGCUUACAUUAUGUUUGUGUCUUAUAAUAUAGGCCUAUGUUUUGAGGGUGUUAUGCAUGUCACAAAGUAUGUAUGCACAUUUAUGAAAAUUGAGAGUACAUCUUGUAAACAGCAUUAGGGGCAAGUUGAUUUUGCUCACUGGUUAGUCCGGUUUAAGUCACAGUAAUAUUUUUUAUUUCUAAAGACACCACUGAGAUUUGAUUCUGCUGUUGGUAGCAGUAAUAUGAAGGUUUCUAGGUUACCUUAUCAAACUCUUUCCAGAGAUCACUAAAUAGGAAGUCCUUCAAAAUAUUUAUUUAUUGCGUUAAAUAAUACACAAACGUGGGAAAAAAUACAGGUGAUGUCAAGGGAGAAAAAUCACGGCUUAGUUUAUGAUGGUUUCAGUGCAGGUGUGUGAGAACCGACAGGUGAACUAUAAUCUAAUUGUUUGUGUGAACUGAAUGUUUAUAUAAAUGUGAGUGUACUUUUUAGUGCAAUAUUGAACCUCUGUGCAAUAUUGAGAUUUCAUUUAAUUUUGUGUGUCUUUUACCGUUUCAUGUAUCACAAACACUAUUCUGAUUUGUAAAGUGUUGUGGGGUAGCUGUCUUAUAAAGAUAACUGAUCAUGGUGUGAUAACAUGCUGGACUGAACUUGUUUUUUAAUAACACAGGCUGAAAGAAAAUAUUGCAAUUGUUGUAAAAUACUGCUCCAAAAUUUAAAAAAAAGAAAGGUGACAUGCAGCAGAAUUGUUGUGUUUUAAAUGUCCCUAAUUGGGGAGUUCCUUGGGGCACACAACAUGUUAAAUAGUGACUAUUAACUGCAGUUGCAAAUUAGUGGUGGGGUACUGAGGGUAUGGAUUUGGAGUGCACUGGGACCCUGUGUUUACUUGUGCUUUAUUAUACAGAUGUAGCUUAAUAUAACAUGAGAUUCACCGUAGAGAACUCACUGCCAAGGGCUGAUUGUCAUAUAUCCCACAUUGAUAACAGCACAAAGUGUUGGUGACAAUUGCCACAUUACCUUGAUUUACAAAAAGCAUGGAUGAUAUGUUCACAAUUGCAUGGUAUAAGAAAAAACAAUCAUUAACACAUCAGAUUAACAGCAACAACGUUUUCGUCCAAACUGCCAUUUUGUAGGAUAGCAGCCAUACGUAGACGCAAGACAGUUAAAUAAAUAGACAACCCAUUGCACUAAAUGUACAUUGUCGUACAUGCACAAUUGUAAAUGCCUCAAGAUCUUUAAGAAACAAUCUAAUGUAGCCUUGCUAGAGAUUUAAUGAAGAACAAGGUUAGCGUUUAGCAAGAGCACAAAGACCAAAACAUACCAAAUGAUAAGAUUGUGAACAUGAGUGCAGUUGUGAACAUGAAGUGCUUCGAGCUUUGACGACAUGCCCCUUACAUUUCACUCCCUUAUUCUCACACUGAUCUAACUUCACAUCUGAAAUCAUUAUCCAUGAGUGUGCCAUGAGUAUCACCUCUCAUUAAUUAUUGCCAAAUAUUUUCUAUGGCCUGAGUUUACACAUUAUACCAUCAACUCUCUGAUAUAGAUAUAAAUAUAUGUAAAUAAAAAAUACUUAUAAUGUAACUAAUAAGAUUGCUCUCCAAACAUUUUGACCCCUGGAAAUAUUCUGCAGUAAAAUAUAAAAAUAUAUAUAUUACUUGACUUAUCAUGGUAGGUGGUCUGCACUGCAAAAAUGAUGGCUACAGAAGCCAGGAUGGCCAAAAAGUAAGAACAUUUGCCCAAAUUCCCUCCUAAAAGCACAUUGAUAGUAUAUAAACGCACAUUAACUGUAAAUUAUAAAAGUCAGAAGUCCUAUUCUCUGUAUGUUUUCCUGUAUCAUCCCUACAAUUUAACAGCAACAAUGUCAAGAUAACUGUAUUUGUUCAACAUUGGAUGCUGUUUAAGCGCUAACCUUUCUCAGUGACUCAGUUCAGGCUCCGUCCAAGUUAAAAGUGUCUCUCGUAGAUAUUUAUCUUAGCUUAUGUUACAGGGUUUUUUGUAUAAUUGCCUGUGCAACAGACAGUCGUGAGUGCAAAAAGUUAACAAAGCAAUAAGUGUUUGGGUAUUUGUCUCUUAUUCUCUUCUUUGAAGCUAUUGGGAAUUGGAGAACACUACUAUAUGCUGGCCUUGUCCACUAAAAUGCUGUGUGUUGGCUUAAUAAUGACACAGGACUUAACAGCUAACCACCUUGUGUACUCUCUAAAACAACCCUAAUUAUUGAGGCUUUUUUGCAAUAAGAUUGCAAUGCCAUUAAUUAAAUGUAACAAAGAAUUUAUCACCUUUGUCAUUGUACUGUGCUGUAGAAUCUGUAGUUGAUUGUUUGUAAUAGAAACUGUUUGUGAAACCAUGAAUAUACAAAAAAAAGUUAUAAAAAAGAAGUGCAAAUGAACUGUAUGUUGUCUUUGGUUUUGUGUAUUUUGUAAAUGAGAAUGAAAUAUAAGUAAAUACAUCAAUGUUAAAUACCGGUUAUGAAUCAUAGUUAGCCUAAAUGUGACAACAUCAGUUCUGUUUAAAGGUGUGUGAGAUUUUUCUUAUAUUUUAUCAUUGUUGAUUUUUGAUUGGGUUUGCACUGUGCUGUGCAACUGACCCUUUGGAAUCACAAUGGAUGACAAAGAACCAUGAAAUAAACAAAAAGUAUAAAAAGUAAA